CAAGUUCUAGCGUAGAAAAGGGCGCGCGGUUCGCUUUUGCGGCUUCUUUGAUUUCUCUUUCAUUCGCGCUGCCACCUUUCCUUCACCUAUACUUCUGCCCUUUGCUUUGCUUUUGUCCAGCCCAGGUUUCAACCUAAAGCACACAAUAGCACUCACUUGUCGCUCUUUGGUUCUCCAGAAUGAGCAACUCUAGGCGGCGCACUGCAUGGACAGACUACAAGAUCGACGAAGACUGCCACGGCCAAGAUAAAGACGCCGAAGAGUUGCGGCAGAGAUUGUCGCGGCAGUCCACUGCUGAGACAGAUCUUGGGCGGGCUUGCGGCGUGGCUCGACCGGGCUGGGAUCCCUUGGGCCUUGCCGACGAAUCUGAACUGGAUAGCUUGGUCUCCAAGCUCGAGCCCCCUCUCCCGGCUGAAGACACGACCUUUGACUGGACCAUAGUGGCCAUAAGCCGUGAGGUGGAACUCAAGAAUGGCCGCAGCGCAAUGUUCGCCUGCCUGGGCUACAUCAUGCUGGAGUGAGGACUUCCGCCCUCCUUGGGCUGGCACAGAGAUGUUCCUGAUGAAGAAGAGAGACCCUGGCCCUGUCCCAAAAAGUUUAUUCACGUGAUUUGGCUGCAGUCAAGAGUUUCCAGUUUGUAGAAUGAGAUGGUUGCGUGUGUCCUGUGAGGCAAGCUGAGUGUGUCCCGGAAUGCCGCAUUUUGCAGUCCGGCGAAUACAGUUAUACGAAGCCAAUACCGUUCACAGAGUUUUUUUAUAUG